GGAGAGGGAAGAGAAAGAGAAAGAGAGUGCAGAGGUUUACAGCAGAAAAGAGAGAGUAAUAAAGAGAGCAACACCAGGAACGCAUGAAUUGGAAAAAUUUCAUUGUUUUUCAUUGAUUGACGCUUUGAUGAUGAAGAGCUCAAGUUGCUCCAGAAUGCACUCGAGGAAAAGAUGUAAUCUGGAUCUGAAACAGACAGAGUGAUGGGACAUGACGGCAGGUCUGCUAUGUUGAGGAGUAAACACAGGGUGAAGAUGCUGCUGCUUCCCAUUUGGAUUUUUGUAGUAGUUCCUCCAGCUCUCCUCCAGCCUUCCCUCCCUCUCUCCUUACCCGUCCACAUGUCAGUUGUGCCUCCUCCAUGGAAGUUUCUGCCCCUCUCUCAGGCAGACUUGGGCCCCUUGUUCUCCAACUCCAGCCCCUUCUCCUCCUCACAGAGUCUGUUCAUGGUCCCCCCACCAGGCUGGGCCUCAACACCGGCCCUCCAAGCGUCUUUUGGCCCCUACUCAGUUACUCAGCACAUAUCAGAUCCUGCCCUCCCUGUUUCGUCUCCUCUGUCUGCAUCCCUCCUCUCAGAGCAUGUGGAGCGGGAGCGAGAUGAGGAGGGCCGGGAGAGUUUCAGGAUCAGAGCACUGUUCCAUAAGCGGAGUGACACCAGCGCCCUUGGGACCUGCAUCACACUGCACGCCUUCAAAGAAACCGAGGAACACAAGGCCUCCUGUAUCACACAGCCCCCUUUAGGACUUUGUGUGGUAACUCUGACACUGCCCACUCAUUGGUUUGAAGAUCACCAAAGUAACCAGUCAAAUCAGGAUAUGGAUAAGCUUCUCACGUUCAUCCCCUUCCGUCGUCGAAUUCACAAGAGGGAACGGCUACGUGGAGGACCUAGAAACUCAGCUGUCAAACGCCGGCAUGCAUCAUCUCUGAGAUACAACUCGGGAGCUGAAGAGGAAGGUGGAUUUCCACAGGCCCUCAGGUACCGGGAUCCAACAAAAAACCAAAUCCAGCUAUACUAUUCCUCCAUUGAAACAGUGACCAACCUACAGUUUACACCACCUGGAUGUUUCGAGGACAGAGGUGAUCAGUUCCAGAGGCAGCUGUUUUAUAUUAAAGCAAUAGCAUUGAAAGAGGAGAAGAAAGACAAAGCACGGGACCGGACCAAAGUCGAGGAAACCUGUUUAAAUGGGCAGGAGGAAGAGGAGGAGCUUAGUCUGGACUCCCAUGUCAUGAUUCGCUACCACAGGGGACCCGUUCUGAUAGGACAGCCAAUCAGAGUGUCUGUGAAUCUACGGGCAAACUUCAGUGCUGAAUUUGUUAUCAUAAGGCUAAAGGUGAAGAAGGGCCUGGUGUCGAUGGUGGCACAGCGAACUCUGACCUCUGACAUGUGGGCUGUGACCCUGGAGAAGACUCAAGGCUCCAAACAUGAUGUGGUUUCAAUCCUCUGCCAGAAACACAGCAACGCUAAACACACACAUAAUCCCACUCUCCUCCAGCAGGUGGUGUGUCUGUCUGUUGAUGGCCUGAGGAGGAGUUUUGGAGUUGCCAUGGCAGUAACAGCUACCUGGUGGGUGGAGUACUCUGGACAAAGCCACCCUUCACUGCCUGGGACGGGAGUGAGCGUCUUUUCAUUUGCUGAUCGGCCAAUUAUUGGCAUCGCUCCGAUCACAGAAGGUAACACCAUCAUCAACACAGCCAUACUGACCAAUCAGCCAGUGUCUCUUUCUGUCAUCGUGUUGGCCAUUAGCCGUAAUGAACAGGUGUCAGAUGUCACUGCUGCAGUCACGUGUCAGUCUACAAAUGAGAACAUCAUCAAGGUGGCCAGUGAUUGUUCCAUCGUCUUUGUUGAUGGGAGUGAAUCAGGAGAGGGUAACACCUGUGCAGUGGUGGAGUUUUUUCUGGGCACGCUCAGUGGCUCUGUGUGUCUGGCGGUCUGGGCUCCUUCAGUGCCCCUUCGAGUGUCUUUGGCAGACCCUGUGUUGAAUGCUAUUGACGGCUGGAACCACUUCACAGAGGACAGGUGUUUGCCAGUGUACCAACGCUCCUCGGUCCAGGUUCUGACACAGUUCACAGCUCUGGACUCUAACAGCAGAACAACACACCUGCUGAACUCUCCUGAUUGGUUCGUGGAUGUAACUGAGCUGGUCCGUAACUGGCUGAGAAUUGAAGACCCACGGGUGGCUUCUCUUGGUGCACGAAACUAUGUGACUGGUUUGCAACCAGGAAAGACAUCGCUUCAUGUUGUGUCUGAGCAGUGGGAUGGCGUACUGGGCAGCUGUGACAUUGUUGUGACCUCUGUCCCUGUUACCCCUGGCGACCUGUCUGUGCAGGUGGUCAGUGGUCUUGGCAUGACAGUCAAUAGUAGCCCCGCCCACCCGUCCGUUGUCACAGCUACAGUGACUGCUUACAACAUCUUGUAUAACCAUCACCAGGAGGCCUCUAUCAGUGUCUGGCUCCAGUUCAGUGACGACACCGCCACUCUCCUCUCAUUCUUCGGCGGUAUUCCCUUUGACCUUCGCCUGUCCUCCUUAGCUGAGACUGUGGUUGUCGUGUCACCGGGACCCAACCAGCGUAUCUUCGCCCAGGGCGAUGGAGGCGGGCCCCUGCUGCGUGCAGAACUUCUGGUUUCGACCUGUGUAGACCAGCCAAUCACCUCAAACUCUCUGUCUGAGGAUGACAAGGAUUUCAUAGAAACUGGAGGGAGAGGUGGGACACGGAGACUGGCGAGAGGAUCUGGGUGGAUAAGAGUCAACCUAGACUUGGACUUCUUCAAACCAGUAGGGGACAAAGAUGAAGAAGGCGAGGACUUUGAAUUUAAUAUUUCUGACACACUGGCUGAGUCAGAAAGUGAUGUGUAUGGGUCAAACUUUGAUGAGGAAAAUGCUGAGAAUGAGAACAUGAGCACCAGCAGGGAAUACUAUGACAAAAUCAGUGGGAGGAUGGUUAACAGAGACUGGAACGAGGUUGGAAAUGGAGGGAUGAUCAGUCGAAACAACCUAGAAAGAGCCAUUCUGAUGCCAAGCCAGGAGGAUGGCGCUGUGUACUUCUCUCCAAGCCAGGAGAAAGACAGAGGUGGAGGGGAGGACAAUGAACACGGAGCUCUGGACUUGGAGGUUGGAGUGAGCGCCGUCCUUUCCCUCUUCUGUCUCUUCACUGUCCUAUUCCUGGCCAACUGUCUGCCCUGCGCCCUCCGAGACAGAAGGCGGAGGAGGAAAAUGACGGCAGAGGACUGUGAUGAACAGCUGGAAGGUGACGAAGAAGUAGAAGCAAACCCAAAAGAGGAGGAGGAAGAGUGGAAGAAGCAAGAGAAUGGGAACAGAGAAGAAGAGGAAAUAAAGAAGGUGGAAAAUGAAGUAAUAAUAGAGGAAAAAACAGAGGAGAAAAUGAUGGAUGUUAAACAAGUGGAGAUCAUUUGCUAAUAACUGCAGGUCAAAAUGUUUUAUUUAUUUUACAGACAAUGACUUUAGCACAAAAGGUUCUCAGAAUGUGAGGCCAGUGUGACACCUCUCUGACUCUGCCUGUUGAUAGAAUUGUAAACUCUUGAGUUUUAGGACUAUCAAUGAGGAAAUCAUCUUUUAUCUUUAGAAUCACAAUCAGUGACCUCUAAGCACAAGUAUGUCUCUGUUCUGUAUUUUGAUCAAUUCCCACAACAGAGAGCAUAAUGUACAAAAGCUUUCCGGUGCAUUUUGACUUCAUUCUCAUACAGUUUUGUCCACUUCUGUUUUUCCCUCCCUGUAUGUGACUUUGUGUACUGGUUGUGGAGACAGGCUGGUUAUCUUAAUGAUGGA